AUGUCAAAAACUUUAAAUAUAUUAGAAUUAACAUCAGCAUGUAUAAAAUUAGCACAAGAAUCAGGUGAUAUAAUAAGAGAUGUUUUUAAAUCAGGAUCAUUAGGAAUUGAAAUGAAAUCAGUUGAUGAUCCAAUGACAAAAGCAGAUUUAUUAUCACAACAACAUAUAAUUGGUUCAUUGAGAACUAUUUGGAGUGAUAUUAAAAUAGUUGGAGAGGAACAAUGUGAAAUACCAACAAUCGAUAAGAAACCACCAAUUGAUUUAUUAGCAAAUGAUAAAGAUUGUAUUGAGAAAUGUCCAGAAGAAUUCAAACAAUUACCCAUUGACGAUUUAAUCAUUUUCAUCGAUCCAUUAGACGCAACUAGAGAAUUUACAUUGGGUAGAGUGGGUUGUGUGAUGACAUUAAUUGGAAUUAGUUUCAAAGGUAAACCAAUUGCAGGUAUCAUUUAUCAACCAUUUGUAGAUUGUAAUGGUGAUGGAACAACUGACCAAUCUAAAUGGGUGGGAAGAACAAUUUGGGCUAUUGUCGGUGGCGGCAUACCAGUUAAGGGAAUCAAAGAUAGAAGAGCACCUGAAGAUGUUGGUAAAGUGAUUUUAACAACCACCGCCUCUCAUUUCAAUGAUAAAGUUCAACAAGCUGUAGAUGCAAUUAAACCUGAUAAAUUAUUAAGAGCUGGUGGUGCUGGUUAUAAAAGUUUAUUGGUAAUUGAAAAUCAAGCAGAUGUUUAUGUUUUCCCAACUGUUGGUUCAAAACUUUGGGAUAUCUGUGGUCCACAUGCUAUCCUAUUAGCUGUUGGUGGUAAAUUAACUGAUCCUCAAGGUAAUGAUAUUAUUUACUCAACCGAUCCUGAAAAAAUUGAAAAUAAAAAUGGUAUAAUCAUUACAAUAUCAAAUCAUCAAAAGUAUAUUGAUUUAUUAAAAAAUUUUAAAAAUUAA